UUCAUCAGACUCUGCUCAAAAGAAUGGGCCGGACAUGUCUCUCACACUGCACUGGCUACUUUGAGAAAGUCAAGGUUCAAUCAACCAUCCAUCAUACCAUUCACAGAGGAUGUGCAAAAGUUACAUAAAUACCUGGAGGAGAACUCGGCUAUUGCCAUACACAACUUUAAAAAAAACAUGAGUCUCCUCAGGCAUAUGGAGAACUUGCAAGGUUGACACUUUCACAAAUAAUACUCUUUAAUAGACGCCGUGCAGGUGAAGUUUCAAAAAUGUCUCUGGAAUCCUUCAAGAAAAGAGACCAAACUGAGCUUCGUGGUGAUGUAGCUGCCAGUCUGUCACUUUUUGAACAGAAGCUAGCAAGGCACUUUAGCAGAGUGGAAAUUAUGGGUAAAAGAGGCAGGAAAGUGGCAGUUUUGUUGAACCCUGAGGUUGUUUGUGCGACAACACUUCUCGUAGAGAAAAGACAGAUGUGCAAUGUGCACAAGGACAACCCUUUCCUAUUUGGAAGGCCAGAAUGCCCCUUCACAAGCCACUACAGAGGACAGGAUUGUGUUAGAACCUUUGCACGCUUGUGUGGCGCAAAGAAUCCACAGUAUCUGAGGUCUACACAACUUCGAAAGCACAUUGUGACCCAAUCCCAAAUCUUGAACCUUAAGAACAACGAACUGGAUCAACUGGCGAACUUUUUGGGCCAUGAUAUUAGAGUUCACAGAGACUUUUACCGUCUGCCAGAAGCCACGAUUGAAGUGGCAAAAAUCACGAAGAUUCUGCUUGCUAUGCAGAAAGGAAUGUUGGCACAGUUCAAGGGGAAGUCUCUUGAUGAGAUUGAGAUUGAAGGUCUGUAGUGGUAAGGCACACUAAUUGACAAAGCUCAAAUUUGCAAUAAAUAAUAGUUAUAUUCAUUAUUUUCCUAAAUUGGGAAUGUAAACAAAUAUUUGGAAUGCAAAAAGUACAAGCAGAAGAUUUAUAUUUUUGCCUUUUUCCCCCAAGAUAAAUUGGAUCCAGAAAUGUAUGGUGAGUUGGAUGAUGGAGACCAGGGCCGGAGUGGGACUCAUUUUCGGCCCUGGAAUUUCAUGCCUCAGACCAGCCCACUCAUUUAAAAUAAUGUCACUAUGCAUACACGUGUUAAGUUCAGUGUUCUCUAAAGCCGUGUACUGUAAUUCUGUGUAUUCCAAUUCAGUGCAGGUAAUGGUUGUUUAACAAGGUGGCUUUAUUUUAACAAGUGCAACACAACAUCAUUUUGAACAAAUUUAAAAAUGGAUUAAAAAAAAAAAAACUAUUAAAUGAUACAUUUGAAAAAUUAAGGCUGUCAAACGAUUAAAAUUUUUAAUCGAGUUAAUUACAGCUUAAAAAUUAAUCGUAAUUAAUCGCAAUUCAAACCAUCUAUAAAAUAUGCCAUAUUUUUCUGUAAAUUAUUGUUGGAAUGGAAAGAUAAGACACAAGAUGGAUAUAUACACUCAACAUACUGUACAUAAGGAUUGUACUUGCUUAUUAUAAGAAUAAAUCAACAAGAUGGCAUUAACAUUAUUAACAUUCUGUUAAAGCGAUCCAUGGAUAGAAAGACUUGUAGUUCUUAAAAGAUAAGUGUUAGUACAAGUUAUAGAAAUUUUAUAUCAAAACCCCUCUUAAUGUUUUCGUUUUAAUAAAAUUUGUAAAAUUUUCAAUCAAAAAAUAAACUAGUAGCCCGCCAUUGUUGAUGUCAAUAAUUACUUACACAAUGCUCAUGGGUGCUGAAGCCUAUAAAAUCAGUUGCACCCAAGCGCCAGCAGAGGGCGGCAAAACUCCAUAAAACACAAUUAACAAGUGGGCAUGUCAUUGUACUGUCAUUUAAAUCUGUCUGAGCAGGGCAUGUGCAUUAACUCAUUUGCUCCCGGAACCGUAUAAAUACGUUCUAUUUCCAAAUGCUUCAGUGUCCCGAUUACGUAUUUAUACGUCUUUUGCGUUUUUUUGUACAAGAAGCAUCUAGAGCUUUCGAUCUAUCGCCAGAACAAAAAACAACCCUCAAAACCCAUUUUAAAGCAAUAAAACUGGCCACUGGAGGGCAGUAGCGCAUUUGUUAAGAGCCCACAACUCAAUUCAAACAGUACAACUUUAUUAGGGAAGCUAGCAGAGCCCCUCCGCAGCUUGCUGCUCAUGUCCACCGCACGCUCGAGGGUCCUGCACCGAAACGCGCACGGCCAAACCAGUUCCCCCCCAGGAACAUAAGUUCCCCUGGUGAACGAGACAGUGGUCACCACUAAAAAAGACUUUUUAAAAAAUCCAUCUUUACGAGACAGUCGGCAAUGAGGGAAAAGUUUAACCGCUGUCGCAGCCACCAAACGUCAUCUCUCAGUUAGGUAAGUGUGAAUAAAUUGUUACUUUGCUAUGAAAAGCUCUAUUUGGCUGGUUGUUCAUGUUAUUUUGUAAAAGGAAAACAUUAUUCAGAUGUUUGGGAUGACACUGAAGCAAAAAAUAGCCGUGUUAAAGUCAAAAUUAUGUUUGAAAUUUUUGCGUUUACAAAAAGCUCAUUUUCUCCGUUUUUUCAUCAGAAAUUGGAAAAAUGCUCAAACUAAGCUAUUUUCUAAUGCUGAUUUCUAAAGAAUGAAAUAACGUAUGAACUUACUUUUUUUUCUGCUGAAAGAAGAGAGUCUAAUCUUUCUUUUGGUGGGUUCCAUGUUUAUAUAGCAAUAGAACAGAAUUUUUUGUGGGCCGUGCAAAAUCAGUCAAAAUCCAGUAAAAUGGCCGGGAGCGAAGGGCCUUGCUCCGGUGAAAAUGGCUGGGAGUGAAUGAGUUAAUUGCGUCAAAUAUUUUAAUGUGAUUAAUUAAACAAAUUAAUUACCGCCCAUUAACGUGAUAAUUUUGACAGCCCUAAAAUAAAUUAAUAAAUAAGACCUUUUCUGCAACAUUAAAUAUUAACAAAAUGAGUGCUUACAGAUAAAACAAACAUAGCAACAUAACAAUAUGAAAAAUAAAGAAUACGUAUUGCACAUUGUAACAACUUCUAAUGAUACUAUUAUCCAUUUUCCAUUUCCACUUUAAAAACGCCAGGUAAUUGAUUAUAUUAAUUCUAUUGUUCACUCGUUGAACGACAUGGCAAUCCUACCUUCCAGCUCUGCACCUGUGGUGUGUUCAUUUUGGCUAAUGCUUACUGCUACAUAUCCCUUGUGAGGUGCUACAAGAAGCCAAAGUUUCCACAAUUACAUAUUGUCGUAUCACACGGUGCAAGUUGCAUUUUAUUCGCCAUCUGGCCUUACCACUUUCGUUGUAAUCCUCUGUAGUUUGAGGCAGCAAGGUCGUUGAAUGAAAAAAUUAGCUAUUUUCGCGCAAUUUGCCGAUUCUUUCACGAGUGCUUUUCUCUUUUUAAUUCUUAUUUUUCAGCGCCACCCUUGCUCUUUUUAUCCAUCCGAGCACCGAGAUAGCAGCUAAUUUGGCUCAAUACAGACUACAAUUAGGGGGCGGAGCUGCAUGCUGUAUUUUUCGUGUGCGCACGUGAGGAUGAGUCUGGAAAAAAAAUAAUACUGUAUAUAUAUAUAUAUAUUUUUUUUUAAGAUGGCCCACAGGGACAGCGGUAACAGAAUGUAAGUUUUACUCAUUGACACUGUCAUAAAUAAAUACCAAACAAAAAAUUAUAAUCUAAGUCUAAUAAGUCUAUUUUUUUUUUUUUUUUUUUUAAUAAAACCCGGACCGGCCCAUCUGGCCGGCCGGCCCUUCUGGAAUCGUCCAGAAGCUCCCGAUUAGCCACUCCGGGCCUGAUGGAGACGACAAAGUGGAUGAGGAUGAUGAAAGCAGCAGUGACGAUGAACACAAUGAAGGUGAAAGAGGGAGAGACGAAGAAAAUGGUGGAGACGAAGACGGAGGCACAGGGAGAGACGAAGAAAAUGGUGGAGACGAAGACGGAGGCAGAGGUUGUCCCCUUGGACUAAUGGAAAACGAAAGAAUGGAGAUCGACGAAGAGCAAAACAGUUCCUCUGGAAAACGAAUAACAACUAUAUUGACUGAGGAUUUGGUCAAGACUUCCAAAGGACAGAAGAAAAAGUGUGCCGUCAGCAGUUCCAGAGUGAGCGGCCUGGAAACUGUGGUGGGACUGUACGGCCAAACCCUGGAGAUUCCGUGUAACAACGAAGCCGUGAACGCGGAAGACGUGGUGUUCACCAAGUGGACAUAUGACAAAGGAGAUGGCCUCUCGGGAAAACUGCUGGUCAAACAUAAAGACAAAGGCGUCUCCAUUACUGCUACUGAUGAAUACAAGAGCCGCAUCAGUUUGGCGACCAACUCCAGCCUGAUACUGUCUGCCCCCAAGCUGAGUGACCAAUGCACUUUCAGCUGCAUGGUGGUGGGCAGCUCAGACCUCAGCGAGUACCGAGUCAACGUGGUCAUCUACAAGGCCCCUGCAAGUGUGGAGGUUUUUGACAAGGCGCAGGAGCUACAGAUUGGCAAAUUUACAAAGCUGGCCACAUGUGUCGCUAAAGAUGCCAAUCCGGCAGCCAACAUCACAUGGAUGCGGAACAAGAAACCUCUGGUAGAUGGCGGCAAAGGUGUUUCCAUCCGGGCCUCAGUGCUGGUGGACCCCGUGAGCGGCCUCUCGAGCACCUCCUCCACGCUGGGGUACUCUGCCACGAAGGGGGACACCGAUGCCCAGUUCUCCUGCAGCGUUCAGCAUAACUUGGGCACACACCUGGAGUCAUCUGCACUCACCUUCACCGUCAUAUCCUCCACGGAGAACAUUGUGCUGCGGGUGCUUGCCCCAGAGCCUCUGCUGGAAGGGGAUGACGUGACCCUCAUUUGCGUGGCGGACGGCAACCCGGCACCGACCAGCUUCAACUUCUACCUGAAGGGUGAUGUGGUUCCGGUGAAAAACACUGAUAGAUACACCCUCACUGCUGUCUCGCGUGAUGUCACCGGUGAAUACAGAUGUUCCCUGAUUGACAACCCAGCCAUGAUGGCAUCCAAGAACAUCACAGUCAAUUACCUGGACAUUAAUUUAAGCCCCUCUGGGGAGAUCGUCAAGAGAGCCGGGGAGACCUUGGAGCUAUCUUUCCAGAUUAACUCUUCGCGGGAAUUAAAUGUGUGGUGGACCAAGGACAAUGUCAAGAUGGACAAAGAGCCCUCCUUUAAAAAGCUGAAGUACUCAGAUUCUGGCUACUAUGAGGGUGAAGUGAAGAUGGGUGCACUUACCGAGAAAGCUUCUUUUGACUUGAUUGUUGAAGGCGCUCCUGUGAUUAGUCAUCUGUCCGAAGAACGUAGUGAAGAUGGUCAACAUAAAGUCUUGAUUUGUGAGGCUGAGGGCUUUCCAAAGCCAUCUUUUUCCUGGAGCAUCACUGGCACCUCGCUUGAUGAAAGCCCCUUCAUCAAUGGCAAGGUCGUGCAAAAGAUCACAAUUGUGCCCACCGUCAACCUGACCGUCUCAUGCAGCGUGUACAAUGAGUUUGGUGCGGAUACGCGGGACAUAACUGUGUCUCCUCACCAGUCGGAGGACGUCGAUAAAACCCAGUUGGUGAUCAGAGUGGUGGUCGGCCUUUUUAUCUUCACCAUGGUCAUUGGGCUGGCCUAUGGAAUUUGCCAGAGAAAUUCCAGGCAAGGCAGCCGGAACCGCGCCGAGAAUGAGAACGGUCCCUCUUUCGAGGAGACAAACAUGGACACCAUCUUAAAUCCUGAAGAGUAAACAAACAUCUAAGCCACCUGCCAUCCUUUCGGAAUUUGAAAGUGAGAACAUGGAGCUUUGUACAUUUCUCCUCCCUACCUCAUCUUUUGGGAAAAGAAAACAAUUUAUAUUACAAACAAGGUAGCUUGGAAUUCAUUUCAGGGAGAAUUUAACGACAAAUCCAUUUCAACUCUUGGAGAAAAAAAAAUGUUUAAUGUAUGUGAUAUACAUAUGUUACUUGACAUAUUAUAGACAGUGUAGCUAUGUCGUCUGUUAGCAGUCAUGUUUUUUAAGAAGGAACUAUUGUUGGUUAGUUGCUGCAAGAUAAAGGGUAUUAUAAUACUGUGGGGCUGUGAGAUAUCAAUAGAACCGUUAUGUGGCAAGAUAACAAAUAUUAAUAAAGCUAACAAAAAAAAAAUCACAUUCAUGAGCAAUUAUCAAAAAUAGAUCGAAAAUUAUGAACAUUUCCGAAAGUAUUCCGGAAACAGCCGAAUGGGGCGGAGACGUCACAACAAGGUAACAAAAGGUCGAGGCGGGUGCCAUCGUUGUUUAUCGACGAGAGAGUUGCGUUCGUGUUUUGUCAAAAAAUCGCUAAAAUGGUUCAAACCUGUCAUGCUAUGUGGUGUACAAAUAGCCAUUUGUCGCAAUGUAGUACUCAUGAGUUCCCGAACGCGAGAAAAAGAGCUGGACUAAGCAGACAAUGAGUAAAGUUUGUCCGUGCCAACAGGGCUAAUUUUGCAGACCCAGCCUCCGGCACGGUUUUGUGUGGUGCGCAUUUUACACCUGAAAGCUAUUCGAACUAUGGACAAAUGAAAUCAGGUUUUGCUAAGAAAUUGCUGCUGAAAGCAGAAGCGGUGCCCACCGUACACACGCAGCCACCUAAAUGUCCCGAGAUAUCAAGAAAGAGGACGAUGACUGGCUCUGAUGAGACCACCCUACCACCACAGGCUAACCAAAGGAGGGGAGCAGCCAAGCUCGAAAUGGCCAGAGUGAGUACUCUUUUAUGAUAAAAAAACAUAUCACACAUUGGCUAUAGGACUGGACACAUGUAUAAAUUAUCGCUCGUAAAAUAUAUAGAACAACUCUAAUCCCAUUCAUAUUUGUGUCUGUUGGCAGAGCGAAAACCUAUGAUAGCACAAUAAAUGAUCAUUAUUCUAUACAUUAUUUUGCAGUCACGGUGUAUCAGCUUCACAAAAAGAAAUGCAAAACAAACCAUUCGGUGAUUCUGUUGCCACCGGUGUUUCAUCAGUGGGAUUGCUCCCCUCAAUGAUCCUUUCAUUAGGCUGCAUUGGCUUUCGUUUGGGCUCAAGUUGAUAACCCAAAACACCAAAGAAAGGUUCAUAACUCUCCUCACCAUUAGAAGACCGUUCAUUACAUCUGAUUCGUCGCUGCAACGAGAAACAAAAUUGUCCGCUAUUAUCGCCGCCAUUCAGUACUAAGCACUGAGCCGGGUGUUUUCUUGUUGUGACGUCACGCGCACAAUACGCUAGAUUUCCGGGGUCUCGGCCGCCGGUCGUUUUAGCUUGACAAUCGAUCCAAAUUUCUAUCAUUUUCUUGGUGUUGCGAGGUGUGUCAUUACACAAAGUGGCAUGAUAUGAAUCCAAAAGGCAUGCGUUUAUGGAUAAAUGAUGGAAUAUUAGCAUUUCCCUAGGUUGUUGUAAUACCCUUUAAAUAACUUACAAGGUAUGGCUUUGCUGUUAAAGUUGUGUAGGAAGCGCAUCGCGUCUUGUUCAGUCAGCCGUUUUUCGUUUUUGAAAUAUGAAUACGAAAUGUUUCGGUUUGUGCAUUUGUGUCGUAGAGAAAUGGUGGAAUAUACUAAAGAGUUAUUAAUUGCUAGAGUGAGGUCUUGGCUAGGGUGACCAUAUUUUGAUUCCCAAAAAAGAGGACACUCGGCCCGGCCUCCAGAUACUUGAAUUUUACACAAAGUUGACUCAAAGAUGCCUAUAUCACAUUAAUAUAUUUAAAGUGUGCCUCCUCCGUCUGGAUAGAAAAAUUCAGUUUUAUUCAAAAACACAAAACAUAGGCCUAUUGCCAUAUAGUACAUAUUAUACAUUAUAUGGAAAUAUUUGUUACUCAACUAGUUACUCAACAGGCUUUAUUCUUCCCUAAAAAAAUAAUCAAAAAAAAACAAAAAAAAGAAACCAAUAAUGAUUUUAAAAAUAAUAAUAAUAAAAUGCAGACCCAUGGAAAUGUAGUCCAGUCAAUACACACACAUAGUAGGCUAUGUGCCAACUCAACAUUUUUAUAAAAAACCAUCACGACAACUGUCGUUGACAAAUUGUUAUUCCCAGUCCAUUUUUAUUCUCAUUCAAUGUUCUAGCUUGUGUGCAAACAAGAACCGAAAUAAACUGACAAGCUAUUCAACCAGCGUGUUUCCAAACGCAGCAGUUCAAAACUACACUGCCCAUAAUGCCUAGCGCGGCUGAGCUCACUGAUAGCUACCCUAUUACCCAGUACCGGGAGCCGAGGCAAAAUCAAACUGCUCUAAAAGUUUCCAAUCAUCGGCAGCGCAACGAUGCGACAUCAAACGGGAUUUUACAGAUUACUCCAGUACAAAUCUCCGACAGAAGUCAACAGUUGCCAUUAUAUACGUAUUUAGCGUAAAAAAACUCAUCAGAAACACAGCUACUUAGAAUAUCAUACUAACAUCCAACCAAAUAAACGAACGCAGAACAAUUACAAGAGUCAUACAAUAUAAACCCAAUAUACUAAAGAAGACACGUGAUCGACAUUAACAGGAGAAACUUAAAGGAAGGUGUACUGUAUGGAGCCAUGUCUUAAAACUCCUUACUGUAGUCUGAUCCCUCGCCAAACCGUCAGUAGAUGAAGGUGAUUCCCCAUGAAACAAAGGGUAAACUGCCAACAAAAAACAAGAAGAAGAUCUACUCCUUGUUUCGCCCUUACUAGUAGGAGCCACGUCAACGCAGGCAGGCCCAGCCCCCUAGCAGCUGGAGGGAUUCUCUUCAAAUUGGUCCCGUGAAAAAUUAUAAAAACCGGACAUUUUCAUGAAUUUAUGAAACUCGGCCGGAUGCUCGAGAGAGCACGUAAUAAGAGGACUUGUCUGGGCAAAAGAGGACGUUAGGUCACCCUAGUCUUGUCAAUCACACACCGUUGAUGUUUUUCCAAAUGUACCAUACGUCGUCAGCUGGCUAGCGCGGCUAGAUUUAUCCAGUAAGAGAGUUCUGUUUUUUCUGUUCUUCCUGUAAAUCUGGUGUCUUUAGUGAGUGAUUCAUGUUUUAGUUGAUGUCUCUGCCAAAGAGUGCCAUUGUGAAAUAUGAGUAUUAUAUUGUUGUCGCUAUGAAUAUUGUACACGAUGAAAUAUUGUCCUGAUGCUCA